AAAACUCGGCGUGCGUUUCCUGAAGAAGUUUCAUGAAGAAAUUUGCGAUUGCCGAUGGAAGAGUUUAUGGAAAAGUGCCGCUUGUGUCUGGAACACGGUGAAGGCGUAAUGGUGUCCCGUGUUGAGGAGCUACCGCCUGUGUUUACCUUCCAGCUGGAUCCCGACUGUUCGCUUCCGGUGAACGUAUGCCGACAGUGCUUUAGCCAGGUUGAAGAUUUCUACAGCUUCUCCAAUGCGGUGCUCCAGAACCAGGAGAAGUUACGGGCAUUACACGCACAACUGAAAACGGAAUUCAUUCAAGUGGAAGAGAUUAAGCUGGAAUCGCCCUUCGAAACGGAUGCCUUCGGUACAGCUUCCUCUUUGGAGACAGAACAAAAUAAGCUCAACAUAGAUUCAGAUACUGAAAGUCGUGAGUUGACGAGUCAGAAAUCACAGUGCGACACGAUGAUCGUCAAUACAGCAAACGAUCUGGAGACGGAAGAAAUUGAUCAACAGGGAGACCAGAAUAGCGAAGAAAAUUACGAUGAACCCAACGAAGAACCGGAAUCCGAAGAGAACGAAAACGAUGCUUUGAACAAAAGGGGUCUCAAAAGAACACGAGAAAUCAAGAGUGAGGCUGUAAUCAAAAUGCAGCAAGAAAACGAAAUGAUUGCAGACUAUUUUCAGCUGGAUUGUGAACAGUGCCCUCACAGAGCGGACAACUUCGUGGCUCUGAAGAAGCACUACCGUGUGCGGCAUAAUCGUAGCGGAUAUGUGCGCUGCUGUGAACGCAAACUGUUCAAACGCUGCGAUCUGCUCGAGCACCAGCAGGUGCAUCUCAAUCCGAAGCAGUUCGCGUGCGAUCUGUGCGGUAAGCAAUACCGCUCGAAGGAGUACUUACAACGGCAUCGUCAGCAGGCCCACGAUUCCAGCGCGGAACGCAAAUUUAAAUGUACCGAGUGCCAUCGAAGUUUUCUGCAUCGGUUUCAGCUCAAUUCGCACCUUGCGCGACAUGUGAAGGCCCCGUGCCCGCAGUGCGAUAAAAUACUUUCCAGUAAGGCGGCUCUCGGUAUUCACAUGCAGAAGAUACACAGCACCGAAGGACGCAUGAUAUGCGAUACCUGUGGGCGCGAGUUUCGUACGAAGCUGUCGUUCACGAAGCACGUGCAGCAGCACCAGGGCACAUACGUGCCGGAACAAUAUCGCUGUGAUUACUGUAGCGCUCUGCUGGCGAGUAAAGUAAGCCUUAAGAAGCACAUCCUGGUGAAGCACAAAACGACGGACGAGGAGUACGUCUGCACGAAGUGUAAUAACGGAAAACGCUACCCAAACAAGUUGGCCUUCGAUAGUCACAAGCGGAAGGUGCACGUCGAGAAGAAAUAUGCCUGUGAUUUCUGUGGCCGCGGGUUUAAGGAUGCGAAAAAUUUGCGUGAACAUCGAGCCGUCCACUCUGGUGAGGAUCUGUACCGUUGCGAGCACUGCACGGUUGCCUUCAAAUGGAAGUCCAACAUGUACGCACACACGAAAAAGCAGCAUCCCGACGAAUGGGCAGCAGCCAAACGGAAGACGGAACGCAUCACGUAGUG